CCCUCUGACGGAGAAAUAGCUACGCUAGCUAGACGAUCUCGUUCCGAGAGGCGCCGCCCUUUCCCGUCCCUCCCCGCGACGUGCCGCACCACCCCCUCACCGGGCCCUCCAGUUGCCGCUUCCCCUCCCCUCCCCGCUCUCCAGCUCGCCGCGGCACCUUGCUCCGCUGCCUCCUGCCGGUCCACCUCCUCUGUCCCUCCCGCCCCUCCUCUGUCUCGGCCCCCGCUGCAUCUGCAAGCAGCAGCACAUUGCGCACUGCUGACUGACGUGAGGAAUCGUCUACGCUAAAAUAAAAGAGCGAGGAAUCGUCGCCGGCGACGGCGAGCGACCGCGCACGCCGGAGGCAGCUGGAGGGAGGAAAGGGACUGCGGAGAGGAGAUGUUCACGAACGCGCAGCGACAGGUCGAGCGCACUGGCCGCGGCGGCACUCCGAGAGACCAGUACCUUCAGGAUCUUGUGACCCAGUUCCAGGACUCCACGGAUGAAGGGUACAAGGAGAGAAUUGUUGCAAACUUGUCAAAUUUCGCAUAUGACCCUUAUAACUACGCCUUUAUGCGCCAGCUGAAUAUUCUCGAGUUGUUCUUGGACUGCAUUACGGAACCAAAUGAAAGACUUGUUGAGUUCGGCGUUGGUGGAAUAUGUAAUUCAUGUGUUGAUCCAGCAAAUGCUUCUGUUAUUACUCAAUGUGGUGGAAUCCCAUUGGUUGUACAAUGCUUAUCUAGCCCAGUUAAGAAUACAGCUACUUUGGGUGAUGUCUAAAACAAAGGUUACUUCGGGAAGUAGGGCUAAAGGAGAGGAGACAUGUGAAUUGUGGAUAUUUAGCCAGGGCACCCUCAGUCGCUUGUCUCUCUAUUCCAUCCAUUAAAUUCAUUGCAUACAUAUCAAUCUUUAUGUCACUAUGUUCUCACUUCAACAUAUACAGUGAGUGUUUCUGAACCUAUGAACUGCAAUCAUAACAGUAUAGGUUUUCUUUGUUUUGAAGAAUAUUUUUUUCUGAUUGUUUCCUUCCUAUGCAUGUAAAUUUCCUCUUGAUCGAUUAGGCUACUUUGGGUGAUGUCUAAAACAAAGGUUACUUCGGGAAGUAGGGCUAAAGGAGAGGAGACAUGUGAAUUGUGGAUAUUUAGCCAGGGCACCCUCAGUCGCUUGUCUCUAUAUUCCAUCCAUUAAAUUCAUUGCAUACAUAUCAAUAUUUAUGUCACUAUGUUCUCACUUCAACAUAUACAGUGAGUGUUUCUGAACCUAUGAACUGCAAUCAUAACAGUAUAGGUUUUCUUUGUUUUGAAGAAUAUUUUUUUCUGAUUGUUUCCUUCCUAUGCAUGUAAAUUUCCUCUUGAUCGAUUAGGCUACUUUGGGUGAUGUCUAAAACAAAGGUUACUUCGGGAAGUAGGCUAAAGGAGAGGAGACAUGUGAAUUGUGGAUAUUUAGCCAGGGCACCCUCAGUCGCUUGUCUCUCUAUUCCAUCCAUUAAAUUCAUUGUAUACAUAUCAAUCUUUAUGUCACUAUGUUCUCACUUCUGUUAGAUGUGUAUUGUCCCUUUUCUGUACAUCCCCAUUGUAUAAGGGGUUUUCUGCAUUUUACCACACAUGUAUAUGUAAUGGCCUUUGGCCCUCAGUGAAUACUAGUUGCUCAUUAUCUAACAUGGUAUCAGAUGCUAGGUUUGCCUCGCUCUCCCGCACGAUGCAACCCCGUGCUCCCCCUUCCUAGCCUACCUCGUCUCCGGCUACUCCCGCUCGAUUCCGGCCGAUUUUUCCGGCCGCUCUCGCCUGCUGCCACACAAUCCGCCGCCGCCUGCUGCUAUUCAGGCCGCUGCGGCCGCACCUGCCCCUGCCGGCCUCCUCUCCGGCCUCCUCUGCCAGUGCGGCCGCACCUGCCCCUGCCGGCCUCCUCUGCCAACGCGAAAGUCGCGCCGCUCCCGUCCGGCGGCCGCGUCGCUCCAGUUCCUCGCUUGAGUGGGCCGCGCCGCUCCGGUUCCCCGCUCUCGUUCGGCCGCCACCGCUGCCUCUGUCUCGUCCAGGCGCCGCCGCCCCAGGCCCAUCCCCGGCUUGGCUGCUUCCGCUCGAGCGAGCGUGCCCCCUGUCCGAUCCAGAAUCAGGGCCCCUGCUUCGAGCGCGUGAGUCUCCUGCCCGAUCCCGAUCCAGUUUCUGGAUCCGUUGACUUAAAAAAAGGGCUCCUCAUGUCUUCUUCAGGCUAUGUCGCUGUUCCUCGGUGCUCGGUGAUCUUCGAUGGUACCAACUAUGCUGAGUUUGCGGGUUUCAUGCGUACCCAUAUGCGCGGUCUUCUGCUGUGGGGUGUUCUAUCUGGCGAGGUCCCCUGUCCGCCAAGCCUUGUUGCUCCCGUUGCACCUACCCCGCCGGUACCGCCAAUUCUUGCUGCUGAUGCUUCUCAGGCUGAUCGGGAUGCAGCCAAGGCGCUUGAUGCUUAUGAUCAGCAGGUAUCAGCUUAUUCAGAUGCUCUUUCCGUCUACCGCGAUGAUCUAUCUGCUUACACUCAGUGGUGCAAUGAUGAUGCUCGAGCUGCUGCCGUUCUUACUGCGAGUGUCCUCCCUCAGUUUGCUUCGGAGUUCAUGGGCCUAGGCACUGUUGCAGCGAUGUGGUCUUAUCUCUGUCAGCGCUAUCAGCCCUCUGGUGAUGCUCUUUACUUAUCUGUGGUGCGUCAGGAGCAUGCUCUUCAGCAGGGUGAAUCAUCUGUUGAUGAGUUCUACACACAGAGUUCUGCCAUCUGGCGCCAGCUUGACUCUCUUCGGACUGUUGUUUGUGGAUCUUGCCGCUGCUGUCAGACUAUACGGUCCGACUUGGAGUUUCAGCGUGUCCAUGAGUUCUUAUCUCGCCUCCGCUCCGAGUUUGAGCCUCGACGUGCUCACUUGCUUGCUCGUGGUCGUGUUCCUAUCUCGGAGGUACUUGCUGAGCUUCGUGCUGAGGAGACCCGCCUUCGUUCAACUGGGUUGCUUGCGGUUCCUUCUGUGUUGGCUGCCUGAGCUCCUGUGUCAUCUGCUCGUCCCAGUGCUCCACCGUUACUGCCCACACCUUCAGGGGGGUGGGUCGCCCUCCUUAUGUUGAGAAGGGUCGGUCGCGCCGUGACACUUUCUGUGACUACUGCUCCAGGCCGGGUCACCCAGAGUCUGACUGUCGUCAGAAGCAGCGAAACCAGAGGCGCUCCUAUUCCAGUGGGACUCCUGUGUCGUCAUCGACUCCGUCACUCACUGACCAAGACAUUGUGCGGCUCAAGCGCCUUCUGGCUUCCUCUGGUUCUUCAUCGACGGGCUCUGCUACUGCUGUGACUGCUUUCACCACUUCAUCAUCGCCGGCAUCUACACCGUCAGGUAUAUCUCGUGGGUUCUGGACUCUAGAGCUUCCUUUCAUAUGUCCUCUGAUUGUUCAGCGUUGUCUUCUCUUGGAGCUUCCUUUCAUAUGUCUUCUGAUUCUUCAGCAUUGUCUUCUCUUCGCCCUCUUAAUUCUCCUAUUAAUGUUCUUAUUGCCGAUGGCACAUCUCUUCCUGUUGCCAGUCGUGGUAUUCUUUCCACUUCGUCCUUUUCUGUUCCUAGUGUUUCACAUGUUCCUCGCCUUACCAUGAAUCUUUUUUUCGCUGCCCAACUUACUGAUUCUGGUUGUUGUGUCAUUCUUGACACCGACUCUUGCUCCAUUCAGGAUCGUCGCACCAAGGUUUUGGUUGGUGCUGGCCCCCGGCGCCGUGAGUCAGAGGGCCUUUGGGAGGUUGACUGGCUUUGUGUUCCUUCCGCUGCCACCACUUCUGCCAGCUCUCAUGCCCUUACUGCCUCCUCGUCUGCGUCCUUCCAACAGUGGCAUCAUCGCCUUGGUCACAUCUGUGGCUCUCGCUUUUCAUCCUUAGUGCGUCAGGGCCUCUUGGGGUCUGUAUCUGUAGAUGUUUCUUUACAUUGUAAUUGUUGUAGACUUGGCAAACAGACCCAGUUACCUUAUCCUACCAGUGAGUCGGUAUCUCAGCGUCCUUUUGACUUAGUUCAUUCUGAUAUCUGGGGUUCGGCUCCCUUUGAUUCGAAAGGUGGUCAUCGCUA